AUGGACCGUCAAUCUAGAUCUCGUAACAUUAUAUUGUUUAACUUGCCAGAUCUCUCAACAUCUAGUGAUGUCCAUAACAACGACGUUUCACUUAUUGACGAGAUGUUUAAUAUUAUCGGCAUAUCUACCAAACCUCUGUCUGUUCAUCGUUUGGGAAAGCCGUCGAGUAAGCCUCGUCCUAUUCGGAUUGUUAUGCCGUCACCGCCUGAUGUUUUUCAAAUUUUAAAAGUUAAACGGCAGCUAUUAAAUGUUGAUAAAUUUAAAACUGUUCGGGUUUCAUCUGACCAAACAUUACAACAGCGUAAAUUAUACUCCUCGGUUGCCUCUGAACUUAAAACACGCAAAGUUGCUGGUGAAACCGAUAUAUUUAUUAAGUUUGUCAAUAAUUUACCGACCAUUUCAAAAAACGGUCAACGAGCCCAACAAUAG